AUGAAAAGUGGUGGAGGUGGUAUCAGUGAUAUCAUUUGGGAAGGCUCCGCUGCAACUCCGGUUACUCUCCGUCUCCCCUUGACAACCCGACGCCCCAGCCCACACCUCUUCGGCGACUGCCUUACAUUUCUUCUAGCUUCUACACCAGGCAAUAGACUCGGAUUGUUGUCCAAGAUGCGUCCCCAGGGCCUUUGGCGGUCCCUGGGACUGAUCCAGCGUUCUUCCACCCGCUCCUUUCUCCCCGCCGGUGCAAGCCGCUGCAACAUCCGACAUCUGAGCUCUGCACCUCGAGUCCCUGAUUUCGCCUUUGCCUUUGACAUCGAUGGGGUUCUCCUUCGAUCCUCAAAGCCCAUACCCGGAGCCGCCGAAUCGCUAGCCCUCUUGAAGAAGGAAGGAAUUCCGUUCAUCCUUCUGACAAAUGGCGGUGGGAAACACGAAACUGAGCGAGUUGCCGAAAUUAGUGAAAAAUUGAACAUUUCCUUGGACGCCGAUGUGAUCAUCCAAAGUCACUCGCCCUUUGCCGAGCUCGUACGAGGAACGGAGACACAGCCUCCUUUGGAAAACAAGCGCGUGCUAGUUGUUGGAGGAGACGGCAAUCGCUGUCGCGAGGUUGCGGAGCGAUAUGGAUUCAGGAACGUCAUCACGCCUGGUGACAUCUUCAUGGCCAAUUCCUCUAUUUGGCCGUUUUCCAAAGUAUUCCAGGACUACUAUAAGACCUUCACGAGACCGCUAUCUCAUACAGGAGACUCUAGCGACCCAACCAAGGGUCUCAAGGUUGAUGCAAUUCUAGUCUUCAACGACCCAAGAGAUUGGGCGCUGGACGCUCAUAUUAUCGUUGACCUCCUGUUGUCGUCUCAGGGAGUCCUAGGCACUCUGUCGGAGAAAAACGGAAAAACCGACCUUCCCAACCAUGGCUACCAGCAAGAUGGUCAACCACCACUUUACUUCUCCAACCCUGACCUCUGGUGGGCCGCAGCAUACAGUCUCCCGCGUCUAGGCCAGGGCGGCUUCCGUGAGGCGUUGGAAGGUACAUGGAGCGCAAUUACCGGCGGACCUAGCAAGGGCGUCGAACUAUACAAGACGGUUAUCGGCAAGCCGUCACAAGGGACCUACGAAUUUGCAGAGAACCAGCUCCUACGGAACCGUUCUAAGGCAUUUGGAUUCGACACAACGCGGCCCCUGCGAAACGUAUAUAUGGUUGGUGACAAUCCGGAGUCGGACAUCCGGGGUGCGAACUCGUAUCGCAGUGCGCAUGAUAGCAGGUGGCAUUCCAUUCUUGUGCGGACUGGAGUUUACCGUGGUGGCGAGCCUACGUGGACGCCGGAAACGAUUGCGGACGACGUCCAUAAGGCUGUUGAGUGGGGUCUACAACAUUCAAAGUGGGAGGUUAAAUAA